AAAAACAAUAUAUUCAAAUAAAAAUGGACAUGGUUCGUAUCAUUAUAGACUUGUUUUGAUCUAUUUUGAGUUUUGUUUAUUUAAUUUUAAAAUAGAAAGGAAUAUAUAGUCAGUCUACAACAUGUUAACACAUUAUAUACAAAAAUGUAAAGAAAAAAGCUAUGUUAUUUUUACAGUAGAAAAAAGCAUGUUUACGUUGAAGUCCAAGUUACCUCCAUUUAUUGAAUUGUCCAGUUACCUAAUUGCUCUCACCGAUCUACCGUUGGAAAAAGAACAUAGUAGUGUUCAUUAUAGUGUGGAAGUUGAAACAUUGUGAUUGGAAAUGAGAUGAACACAUUGGUCUUGUAGGACUUGGAACUAAGUAGUGUGAAUUAAAAAAAGUGGGAAAUGUCCCACAUUGAUAAGAACACUAUCCUUAGUAGUGUGUAUAUAUUUAUAUCCCAAAGUGACUAGGUGAAACAUUAUUUUUUAGUCACAAAAUUAAUUAAUUCUUUGAUUAGUUAAUUUGAAGGAAAAACAUGUUGUAUAAUUUUGAUAUAAGUAAUUUAUUUUAAAGUUAUUAUAAUAGUUUUUAAAAGAAUUAAAAUUAUUAUUAAUGAAUUGUUAAGUAACGUUUUACUUGGUCAAUAAACACGUUGCUUUUCCGUUUGAUAUAUUACCUACUUACUCCUAGUUAAUAGCAAUGAUGGCUAUAAUAAAGAAGAGGUUUUUCUCAAUUUUAUACUAUGAGUAUAUAUGUGGACGUGGGAUUAUAAAAGGAAGAAGGGGCUAAAACAUAUUGAGUUCGUGGCCACAUACAGUUUUUAACAAAAAUCAAUAUUACAUUUUCAUAUACAUAUUGAGUGUUAUCUUCUUGGAUUACAUUACCGGUGUCUAUUAAUUCUUGCUAGUUCUGUCACCUCGGAUAUGAUUCAUAUUCGGGAAGGAUCUGUUGAAUCAUGGGAGAUUUGCGCUUAUCAGGCGGAUAAAUCCUUAAGGACAGUGCGAUCAGCACGCCUCAGGUAUUGUAUCACGGUUCACUAUUUUGCAGGUUUAUGAUUCUGUGGUUGUUUACUAUGCGGUUGACAUCAAACUACUACACCCACAAGAGAUAAGUUCCUAUGAACUCUAUUUUAAUUUGUUCUCUAUAAUAUUUGUUGAAUUACUUAAAUUAAUAAAUUGUUGAAUAUUGUGAUUAGGUCCAAUUAUUUACAACAAUCUUAAGGAUUUAGUCUCUUGUAUUAUGCUCAGACUCUAAAACCCCAAUUUUGCGGCGAGAGAAAAACUACAAUUUGAAUACCUAAGUACAGUGGGUGAUAAAGAAUUAUGUGGAUAUAUAGCUGGAAUUUUCAAUCCACGAAAUGAUGGUAUAUGGUUAGUGCAAUCCCUUAGAUAUGAAUGUUGCAAAAACGUGAUAUAAAAAUCCAAGUAAGUCUCUCUUUAAUUGAGCUUGUUUAAUUUGAUUGUGAAACAUAUAUCGAUCUAUAUAAAUUUCUGUGAAUAAUUUUUAUAUCUUACUCAACAUCCAUGAGAAUGAAUGGUAAUUCUUGAAAGUAUAUAUUCAAUUCCUAAUUGGAUUUUGUGCAAGUUCAUAAUAUUAUGUUUCUUCCGGUGGAAAAACAAAGAUGAUAUAUGUAUGUGCACUUGUUUAAUCUGUGUGAAAGUGUGUGGGUUAUACAACUCAUAAUAAGAAUUUUAUCAUGACAUGUUUAAUAUAAUAAUUUAUGUGUGAAAAUAUAUCUAUUUGGAAAAUUUUAGUUUAAUGUGAAAUAUUACUUAAUUGUGUUCUCUAUUGUUAGUAAAUUGAGAAGUAUAUGGAUGCAUGUAUAAUUUGUGAAUUCAUGUUGAUAUUUGUGAAUAUAUGAGAACAAUAACUUGAGAAGAUGUAUACGAGUUAUUAGAGCAUUGUUAGAAGCAAAUUUAGGAGAUACUAUCUUGUUGAAAAAUUUGAUGAUAUUGAGAAAUUUUUUGGAGACACAUAUAUUGUGAUAGAGACGUUGUCGCUUAGAGACGUUGUCGCUUAGAAAUAUUCUAAGUAGACCUGAACAUGAUUGUGUUUCAUGAGAUAUUUUUGAGAUACCAGUGAUUAUAUAAUAUGGUAUAUUGUGGAGUAUCCAUUGUAUUGAAAUAAUACAAUGAUGAUGUUUAAUAUAUUGUGGAUUAUCCAUUGUAUUAAAUAAUAUAAUGAUGUUUAGUGAAAUUGUGGAUUAUCCAUUGUAUUAAAAUAAUACAAUGAUGUUUUGUGAAAUUUGUUUAUGAGAAAAUAUAUCUCAAUAUAUGAAAUUAUAAAUUGUCCUUAUUGAGGGGGCACUGUCACUUGAAAUCAUUCAAGUAGAUCUGAAUUAAAAUUCACCUAUGUUGACAAAUGUGGGGGUGUUGUCGCUUGAAAUCGAUAUUAUGAAUAUCGAUUUGAAAAUAUAUGAGAUAUUGAUUAAUGUGAUCAGCCAUUGUAUUAAAAUAAUACAAUGAUGUUAAUCGGAUAAAAGCCUAUGAGAAUAAAAUCAAUAAGUGGAUUUUAUUGUUCUAAGUGAGAAUGUUGUCGCUUAGUUAACUAAGCAGACAUGUAUAAAUUUAUUGUGAAGAACAAGCUUGUUGUUAUAAACUUGAUAAAUAUGAGAUUAAUUGACUUAGAGACGUCUUAGUAAAUAUUAUACUUGAUGAAAGAAAAUUAUGUCUUCAUCAUUUGUGUAAAGUACGUACUAAAUAAAGCCCCUAGGAAGAAAUAAUUUUGUGACACAUCGAGGGGAAUUGGACUUAAGCCAUUUGAAAUCAACAAGUGAUAGGAACCCAACCUUUGUGAUUGGAGAUCCCAUGAAUAAGGUUCAUAUGGGUAAGAACAAGUUACUUGUUAGAUCUGCUAGCACACAAAAAUUAGCUAAUUAAUUUUUGUCUUGGUCCUUUUCCUAUGGUGUGAGUGAGAAAGUGCUAGACACUGCAUUAUUGAGAGGGUAAGCAAUAAAGCUUUUAAUGAAUUUCAUAUCCCUUAUGGGUGGUGUAUGAUUUGCAGCAAUGUUUUAAAAACUGGACCGGAGAUCGAACCGGUGAGAGCUCCGGUUCAUGGUUCAACCGGUUUAAUCAGUUGAACCGCUAUUAAACCGUUAUUGAACCGAAUAAUUAAAAAUAAAUAUAAUGCUGAGGAAUAAAUAAUAAUUUUAGACUCAAUAAUUUGAUUUUUUUUUUAUAUAGUAAAAAAGAAAGUUAGUUCUCCAAAAAAAAGAAGUUAGUUUUAUUUUAUAAUAUAUUGGGCCAUUAUUUUAUCAAGUUGUAUUGACCCAAAAGCCCAAUUAUAAGUUAAACCCUAGAAUUGAAAUAUCCUCUCAUUCCUAUUAGUGAGCAGCCUCCACUCCACUUUCCAUCUUCUUCUCUCACGUACUUUCUUUCUUUUUCUUCUUAUUUUCUUGUUUCUUCUUUUUCUCUCUUACUUAGAUCUGUUUCAUUCCUUUCUUAAGUAUGACCAUCAAGAAAUAAAAAACUAUUGUGUGACUACAACAGAUCUAUUCCUUAAUUUCUCAAAUUCAUCUGUGUAUUUUUUCUUCUUCUUUUUCUUAUAACAAAUAACAGUGGCAUUUUCAUGUUUUUGUUUGACACUUAUGUUCCAGUGAAAAGAAUAACUCUACCCUAGUUUGAAAAUAGAAAAGAUUUUUUUUUUUUGAAAUUCCAGUUUUUUUUUAUUAGAAGAGAACCGGCCGGUUUUUCUGGUUUCCCGGUUCGCCGGUUUUGCCGGUUUAUACCGGUUCAGACCGGUUCAAAGCGGGUUUAUCCCGGUUUAAUGGACUAGCGGUUUUGGUGCUUGUUCCGGACCGGUGCUGUGUCCGGUUCACGGCCGAACCGGUUGAACCGGCCGGUCCGGUCCGGUUUUUAUAACAUUGAUUUGCAGCAUACACUUGAUGAAAUCACCUAUGUGAAUGUCAAGUGGGGCCGCUUGUAUGAGAUCUUGGCGAAAUCUCUAGAGCACUCAUGAAAGAAUCCAGGCACGCACACGGCCUAUUAGCGCAACACAACGGCAACAGCAAGAAAUGUGGGGUGUAAUGCGAUUGGUAGACCACUAACAUACGCCAAGUUUCAUUGGUUCAUAUAGCUUGCUACACCAAUGUUACUGUGUGUUAAGUACUAUCAGUCUAGGACUGGUUCAUAUAGCUUGCUACACCAGUUUGAUGCAUUACAUCAAUGAUGUUAAUCCAGGAAAUGUUUUUUGAAAAUUCUUUUAAACUCUAAAAUAAAUUGUGGGGGAUUGUUGUAUAAUUUUGAUAUAAGUAAUUUAUUUUAAAGUUAUUAUAAUAGUUUUUAAAAGAAUUAAAAUUAUUAUUAAUGAAUUGUUAAUAAACACGUUGCUUUUCCGUUUGAUAUAUUACCUACUUACUCCUAGUUAAUAGCAAUGAUGGCUAUAUAUGUGGACGUGGGAUUAUAAAAGGAAGAAGGGGCUAAAACAUAUUGAGUUCGUGGCCACAUACAGUUUUUAACAAAAAUCAAUAUUACAUUUUCAUAUACAUAUUGAGUGUUAUCUUCUUGGAUUACAUUACUGGUGUCUAUUAAUUCUUGCUAGUUCUGUCACCUCGGAUAUGAUUUCAUAUCCGGGAAGGACCUGUUGAAUCCUGGGGGAUUUGCGCUUAUGAGGCGAAUAAAUCCUUAAGGACAGUGCAAUCAGCACGCCUCAAGUAUUGUAUCACGGUUCACUAUUUUGCAGGUUUAUGAUUCUGUGGUUGUUUACUAUGCGGUUGACAUCAAACUACUACACCCACAAGAGAUAAGUUCCUAUGACAUCUAUUUUAAUUUGUUCUCUAUAAUAUUUGUUGAAUUACUUAAAUUAAUAAAUUGUUGAAUAUUGUGAUUAGGUCCAAUUAUUUACAACAAAACAUGGGUUAUGUUUGACUGUUGCUGACUCAAUGCCAGCUAUUCCAAUCAGUGUAGGCUCUGUUUGGUAAGUCCAAUAAGCUAGUUUAUAGCUUAUUGGACGAGCUUAUAAGCUUGUUUGAUAAAAAUGUGAAGUGUUUGGUAACGAGCUUCUCUAACAAGCUUAUAGCGUUUUUUCAGAUGCUAUUUCAAGUAGCGUUUGAGCUUAUAGCUUAUAGCUUUUUACAUUUUAUUCCAAUUUUAUCCUUAUUAUUUUCAUUUUAUUACUUUAUUACCCUCAUGUACAUCAGAGAAACUGACUCCUCAAGAACAAAUGAAAAAGAAAACUGCUCCACUACUCAGGCACGUUUCAUUCUUUGGCGCGCGCGUUUCACUGUUGGCGCCAACCUUCGUAUAUAUAUAUUUGCUCAUCAACUCAACCACACAUCCAUUAUUACACUCUUUAAAAUCAAAAAUCUACAACAACAACAAGAAGUGAAGAUUCAAUUCUUUUAGCAGAAGAACUUAAGUAGGUACAUCAUGGAUGCUGAAAGAAAGAAAAAAAGAAAAAGUGCUGAAAGAAAGAAAAAAAGAAAAAGACAUGCAAUAUUUUGGACUGUGACAUCAUGUGCUAUAGGUGCAAUUGCAACAUAUUAUUAUAAAUAUAUUUUCAAAAAACCAUGCAUGACUUCACGUCAAAAAGGAGAGAAUUGGGUACGCGAGAUACUAAAUGGGCAUCCUGUUCGAUGUUUAAAUGCCUUUAGGAUGGAGCAAAGCGUAUUUAGACAACUAUGUGAAGACCUACAAUCAAAAUAUGGAUUACAAGCAAGUAAUAGAAUGUCAGUGCACCAGAAAGUGGCGAUAUUUCUAUAUAUACUUGCAAGAGGUGCCUCUAAUAGGGAUGCUAGAGAGAGGUUCCAACAUUCUGGUGAGACUAUCAGUAGAGCAUUUCAUGAAGUUUUGGAAGCCGUUAGUGGGGGGAGCAAUGGCUAUAGGGGACUUGCACGUGAUGUCAUAAGACCAAAGGAUCCAACUUUUCAAUUUGUGCCGCCUCAAAUUGCUAAUGAUGAGCGAUACAUGCCCUAUUUUAAGGAUGCUAUUGGAUGUAUUGAUGGAACCCACAUACCUGCAUGUAUUCCAGAGGCUGAUCAAAUGCGUUAUAGAGGGAGAAAAGGAAUCCCUACCUUCAAUGUCAUGGCCAGUUGUGAUUUUAAUAUGUGUUUCACAUUUAUAUCAGUUGGAUGGGAGGGAUCAGCACAUGACACACGUGUUUUCCUACAUGCAAUCAACACACCGGCAUUAAACUUUCCAAAGCCACCACAAGGUCGAUAUUAUUUAGUUGAUAAAGGAUAUCCAGAUAAAGAAGGAUAUUUAGUGCCUUACCCUAAGGUAAGGUAUCAUCAGUCUCAAUUUGAAAAUGAGCUCCCUACCAAUGCUCAAGAAGCCUUUAAUCGUUUGCAUUCUUCUCUUCGAAGUUGUACCGAAAGAUCUUUUGGAGUGUUGAAAAAAAGAUGGAAGAUACUUGGCCAAAUGGCACAAUUUAGUGUACAAACCCAAAUUGAUGUUAUAAUGGCUGCAUUUGCAUUACAUAAUUAUAUUCGGAUGAACUCACAUGAUGACUUACUCUUUACUAUGGUCGAGCAUAACCAAGAUUAUGGUGGUGACGAAGAACUUCCGGAUGUUUAUGAUGGUGACACAAGCAAUGAAAUUCCGGUGGAUAGAUCAACAACGAUGAAAGUGACUCGCAACAAUAUAGCCAAGUUAAUAUGGAGAUGAUAGAUUGUAGGCAAUUUUUUUGUUAUUAUUCUGGGUUAUGUAUUUCAAGGAUCUUAAUUUGGUUUCAAUUAUUUGGCAAGUUUGAUUUAUUUGGCAAGUUUGAUUUAUGAUGAUCUUAAUUUGUAUUUCAAGGAUCUUAAUUUGGUUUCAAUUAUUCUGGGUUAUCUUAAUUUAGUACAAUUUAGCGAGGUUACUUAACAUGAAAAGGUGGUAGAGGAGAUCAAUGUAACAUCUAGGUGGAUGAGGCUACUUGUUUAUGAUUUUUUAUACAUAUUUUGCUUGUCUAUUGCUGCCAGUGCAGUUUUCUGUAGGAUAUUAGAAUCAAAACAGGUUCUGAAGAAUCGUCGGCACAAUGCCGUUCUUGGUGUAAUAGUUAUCUUGGCUGUGCUACUGUCAUUGGUAUCUUGAGCUGAUUUUAUCCUUUUUUGCAGUUCAUGUUUUGUCGCAGCG